AUGAGGGGAGGCAGCGGGCCCCAAGGAUUGACGUUGAGCAAUAGCACCAGAGGCUCAGUCGCGGAUAUGAGCUUCAACAGUGGACGCGUGGCCGCGGCGCAUUCACGGUUACGAAACCGCGAGGUAUCGGAACGCAAACAGGUCGGCGACGCCGAAAGUAUGAUUAACGAAGAGCCGAAUGUCGUCCAACCCGGCGGUGCGAGUGAAUGGCUAGAGUGA